GCACACGAUCAAAGGCCCUACGUAGAAAUAGACAAAGAGAGAUGCUUAAUUUUAAGGCUGCUCGUGGGGUUAAUAAGAAUUUUGUCUUUCACUAACGUGGUUUCAGAAACAAAAGAACAACCGGAAUGAUGAAAAAAAAGAGGGCAAUCAGUCAAACGCUCCGUAUUUUCCUUUCUUUUCUGAUUAGCGACCACACGAAUGCUACCCUUGGUUAGUUUUCGAAUAGAGUUGCAGAACACAUUGCAUACAUAUAUAGAUAUAAUUAUGUUAAUUUUAUUCUUAUCUUAACAUUGUCUUAUCUGGACGCGAAAGAAACCCAAAACCCAAGCAGGCGACAGGAAAUAAUCAGACAAAGCCACCUUAAUUCAUUUUAAUUAAAAUUCUUGAGGAAUGGAAAAAACUUGCUUUUUAUUGAUCAAACUAAUGACCCUUUACACUAGCAAAGCAAAAUCGUGCCGGCCUAUCCAAAUUUUUGCAUGCAACAAUUCCCACUCAGGUAUUAUAGAUUUAACUGCAAAAUAUCUAAAAGAAAAAAUCAAAUUAGCGCCGAAAUAUACCAUUCAGCCUUUUCCCACAAAAACAAUACUCCCGGUGCCCUCUUGCAAUCCAUUAAGCCAUUCAUAUUAGGCAAAUCACAUGAUAAUAUCAUUAAUCCAAAACAACAAAAACGUUUAAAAAGAAAGUAUAUAUAUAAGGUAUUCUCUCCAUGUAUCAAACUCCUCCUCUAUUGUAUUUUGGUAACUCUUUUGUCUUUCAUUUUACUUUUUUUUAAAGAUUGUUUUUCUCCUUUGGGAAUGGAAGAUGGAGGUAUCAGGGAUAUAGAUAUUCGUGCUACGUCUUCUUUGAAUGCAAGUGCUAGUGCUAUUCAUGGUAGACUGAAUCAUACAGGAGGCUAUGGGGGGUGGUGCCCUGAUCAGCAGCCGUAUUAUAAUGGUACAGGUCCUAUCCAUAAGGAGUUUAUUCAAGUCGAAUUUCCCAGGCCCUUUCGAAUUAAAGGCAUAAUAACACAGCCCCGCGCUCGAGGUGUGGAAGGGAUUCGGAGGUUCUUGGUUUCGUACAGACAAGAUCAAGAAAACAAUGAAAAGUAUGCUUGGUUGUAUGAUGGAAGAUCACACAAGCCUAGGGUAAGUCAUUUCUCCGCUUAAGCUCAUUUGCAUAGUAGCUGCUUGAAAUGCCGCACUGCGGCAUUUCAAGCAGCGAGAUUUCUCGUGCGUCAUCGUAUAGCUCUAGACAGAAAUCAUCAGGCACACAACCUUACCUUAACGCCAAAUUGGUCAGGCCAGCGAGUAGAAUUUCUUUCUCGCGAAGUAACACACAGUUAAGACCUUACCUUAAGGAAAGAACGAUAACACUUUUUUUUCGGAUACCGCCGUACCUUCGUACAGAAAUUUGGCGAGAUUAAGUUCCCGCGCUUACCUGACGUUUGGGACUUGCUAACUGAAAUAUUAUUUCAUACUUAAAGAGCUCUUUAGCAUAGACGCCAGAAAUGUAUUAUCAAAAUAUCAACCCAAUCGUUUCAAGUGUUAAAUGAUGCUCCUGUAUCUCAAGAACAUAAUGCAGUCGAAAUCUCUCUCGAUAACAAGGUCCUCCCCGAGCAGCACACUUGAGGGAAAAGACCAUAUCUACGCGUGCCGAUGAAUUAUUCUCUGACAUGGUUUGAUGCUACUCUAGUUUACAGAUUUAGUGAAUGUAACCGAAGAAGUUAAAAUUCAGAGACUCGACCUUUCGACACUUUGGGGCAUAUUUUCGCCAAACUUAAGGAUCCCGUCGAAUCGACGCCAUUUAUUCUAUUCCUUGCGAUGACUGUGACAACACGAAUACAUCGGACGAAUACAUUUACACCUCGUCAGAAAAAAAAGGCAGCUAAUUAAUGAUCAUAUAAAAGGGCCUCUUGUUGCAGCGUUUAGAUCACCCCUGAUGAAUGCACAAGACAGGAGUGUCGAAACGUUGGGUCUAUGAAUUGUAACUUCUUCGGUUACAUUCAUUAAAUCUGUAAACCAGAGUAGCAUCAAACCAUGUCUGAUUGUCCACCUGGUUGCCGCGUGAACGUUAAUAUUUAAUAGAUAAUUACUGAGGUUCGCAGCAUUAUUGGGUAUAAUGCAGGCAGCUGAGGCCGCAGGCCGAAGCUGCCUGCAUUAUACCCAAUAAUGCUGCGAACCUCAGUAAUUAACUAUUAUAAUUAUUGACCCUCAUAAAAUCCUACUGUUCUCUCUCUGCAUUACAUCGACGAUUUCAGUCGCCCCUUCAAUAUGAAUACUUUCUCAGGCUGAAAUCGCCGAUAUAAUGCUGAGAGAGAACAAUAGGAUUUUAUGAGGGUCAGUAAUUAUAAUGUAUUAUUCUCUAUUUAAUCAAAUGAGUUGAUAAUGUGAAUUGGCGUCCGUAACGAGAUUUUAUGGCUGACGUUUCCAGCGUUGACCCUUCGUUAGAGCGAAUCCUUUCAUAACAACUUUACUACCUACCGUGAAAAUCAUGAAACAACGACUGUUAUCGAAUCGGGUGUAAGGUUUCAGAAAUAGUAAAUGUCACUUGUGUAAUAUCACCGGAUAUUUUCCGGUGUAACUGAGACCUCGUAGGUCUCGAGAUGUAUUUAGAAAAAUUUAUUUGUGAGCAAGCGAAAAUGUUUCAUGGCUUAUAGUUGGGGAUUUUCUAACAUCAUGCACUGUUGUUGUAUAUGUCUCAGUUCUUUCAAGGAAAUAGCCUGUCGGAGUUGAAACCUCCACUUGUAACAGACGGAAUAAGAAUUAUACCUGAAAUAUUUCCUCGCAGACAGGUGUGCCUCAGGUUUGAGCUUCUUGGCUGUCACAUUGAAGGCGGUAAGCUUUUUACUUCCAUUGAAUAAAAAUGAUAUAAAUAAUUUAUACAAUGUCGUUUCUACAGAAUAUCCAACAGCGCUUUAUAAGACUUGAAAUUGACUAAUGAGAUUUAUGUUACAUGAUAUCAUAAAUUCUAUAGAGGAAAGGUAUCUACCAAGAAUCAAUUGCUUGAGGAAAGCCAUCUGAUAUUCAACAGAAAUUUUCUUGCAUUAACGUGAUUCAUCAGACAAAAAAUGUUAUGAAACAAUUUUUUAAAAACUCUCCUUGAAUGUUCCUCACCAAUGUCGGUUUGGAAAACUACAACAAAAAAGAACGGGCCACUGUACCUGCUUUAGUGGUAUGGUGGACAGUCUUACUGUAUUUAUUCAUGGUUAUUAUAAUUACAGUCUUACUGUAUUUAUUCAUGGUUGUCAUGGACAAUCAGACACGGUUUGAUGCUACUCUGUUUAAAGAUUUAAUGAAUGUAACUGAGAAGUUACAAUUCAUAGACUACACAUUUCGACACUCCUGUCUGGUGCCCUCAUCAGGGGUGAUGAGGGCACCGGACAGGAGUGUCGAAACGUUGGGUCUAUGAAUUGUAACUUCUCAGUUACAUCCAUUAAAUCUUUAAACCAGACUAGCAUCAAACCGUGUCUGAUUGUCCACCUGGUUGCUAUAUGAACCUUAAUAUGUCCAUAUAUGUUAUUCACUAGGAACAAAUUAUCACGAAUUUAUCACGAAAUAUCAUUCCCGAAUAGUUACUGUCAUUGUUAAAUGAGAGCCUAACAUGACAUUUCUAUUUAUUACUUAAUUAGCGAUUGUCACGUACAAGAUGCUCCAAGGUAACUCUCUGGACGGGAGAUACAACUUCACCGAUUCAAGCUAUGAUGGUUUGACUGAAGGCCGCUUUCUAUUCUUUGGAUUGGGAAUGCUUACUGAUGGACGAUUGGCCAAUGAAGAUCUUACAGUAAAUAACGGAUUGGGUUGGAUUGGCUGGAACAUGAUAGAGACCCCCAAACCUUACAUAAUAUUUGAUUUUUUGAACAAAAGAAUCUUCAUUUCAGCUACUUUCCAUUGUAACGUCAAAGACCAGACACACAUCGAGUUGUUUUCCAGAGUUGAAAUAAGGUUUGAUAAAACAAUGUCGAAUGGUUCUCCACCUGAUCUCAUGCAAGAACCCAAGGAAAUUUCCAUUCCAUCAUCAUCACCAUCGAUAAACCGCAAUGUUACAAUCGACCUGUGUCGCCGUGUAGGGAAGUCUGUAAGGUUCAACUUUACCUACAGAGGACAAUGGAUAUUAAUCAGCGAAGUUAUCUUCAACUCAGGUAAGUUAAAAGAGCUCUAA